GGUUAAAUGUGAGCGCCUCCGCCGCCCUGCCCCAGGCUCGUGCACACCGCCGGCCUCGCCCAGCCCGUGUCCGGAAACCCUCGGGCCGUGUCCAUGUCUGGGCAAAGCCAGCAGGGCCGACUCGGCCAGGGUCCAGUACUCAGCUCCGUCCCUGGCCCGACGCUCUGGGCGCGCCCGGAACCCCAGGCUCGCGGCUCGCGUUUCCGGCCGGCGGAGGCGCUCAACGGCCGGAUCCCACGGAAGCGCGCUCGGAGGGUCGAGACCGGGCCGGACCGGAGAUGGCGCCCCCGGCAGGCGGGGCGGCGGCGGCCUCUGACUCGGGCUCCGCCGCGGUGCUCUUGGCUGUGCACGCCGCGGUGAGGCCGCUGGGCGCCGGGCCAGACGCCGAGACGCAGCUGCGGAGGCUGCAGCUGAGCGCGGACCCUGAGCGGCCUGGGCGCUUCCGGCUGGAGCUGCUGGGCGCGGGACCCGGGGCGGUCAGUUUGGAGUGGCCUCUGGAGUCAGUCUCCUACACCAUUCGAGGCCCCAGCCAGCACGAGCUGCAGCCUCCACCAGGAGGGCCUGGAACCCUCAGCCUGCACUUCCUCAACCCUCAAGAAGCUCAGCGGUGGGCAGUCCUGGUCCGAGGUGCCACCGUGGAAGGACACAAUGGCAGCAGCAGCAGCAGCAGCUCACCACCAACCCUCGGCCCAGAGGCAUGCCCUGCCUCCCUGCCCAGUCCCCCGGAAGCCCCUACACUCAAGACCCCUCAACCUGAGGCAGAUCUUCCUAGGAGCCCUGGAAACUUGAUGGAGAGAGAAGAGCUUGCAGGACGCCUGGCCCGGGCCAUUGCAAGUGGGGACGAGAAGGGGGCAGCCCAAGCAGCAGCCGUGCUGGCCCAGCAUCGCGAGGCCCUCAGCGUUCAGCUUCAGGAGGCCUGCUUCCCACCUGGCCCCAUCAGGCUGCAGGUCACACUUGAAGAUGCUGCCUCUGCUGCAUCCACCGCAUCCUCUGCCCACAUCACACUGCAGGUCCACCCCCACUGCACCAUUGCAGCUCUCCAGGAGCAGGUGUUCUCAGAGCUUGGUUUCCCGCCCGCCAUGCAACGCUGGGUCAUUGGGCGGUGCCUUUGUGUGCCUGAGCGCAGUCUUGCCUCCUAUGGGGUUCGGCAGGAUGGGGACCCUGCUUUCCUCUACUUGCUGACUGCUCCUCGAGAAGCCCCAGCCACAGGACCCAGCCCUCAUCACCCCCAGAAGACAGAUGGGGAACGUGGACGCUUGUUUCCUGCGUCAUUGGGCUUGCCCCCAGGCCCCCAGCCAGCCACUUCCAGCCUACCCAGUCCUCUCCAGCCCGGUUGGUCCUGUCCCUCCUGCACCUUCAUCAACGCCCCGAGCCGCCCUGGCUGUGAGAUGUGUAGCACCCAGAGGCCCUGCACUUGGGAUCCCCUUGCCACAGCUUCCACCUAACAGCCACCAGAGGUUAUAAGGGACGAGUGGCCCUUCCCAACAGGUCGACAUCUCCAGGCCCCCGCUGAACUCAGGGGCCCUCUACUGAGUGCUUGCUGGGAUGAGCCACCAGGGUUAGGGGGAAGGACCACAAACCAGAACCAUUAAAGACCCUUAACAGCCAA